UAACAUUUAUAACGUGAGAUUCUUAGUACUCACGUCGACACAAAAAAUGGCUCCGUACGAAAUAAAAAAAUUGAACGACCUCCUCGACUCCGAAGUCGUUAGUGCCUCAAUCACAAAUUUGACUUCCGCCGGUGACAACUACGCGAGUGCGAUUUUCUCGGUAGACGCCACCCUCGAAGACGAUCAGUCGAUUCGGGCUGUCGCUAAAAUGAUACCUCAGAACGAUUUUAUUCGACGACUUUUCCGAAGCGAGAAGACUUUCCGGAACGAAGUCGGCUACUAUAGAACCAUAGCGCCGUGUUUGAGGAAGUUCCAAGAGGAGCGAGGACUAAGCGGCUUAUUGAGCUCCUACCCCGAUUUCUACAACGCGAGGUUCAGUUUGCAACCCUCGAGCGACCAAGUGGACAACGACGCGGUUUUACUCAUCAAAAAUAUAAAAACCGACGGUUUUACCAUCAUGGAUCGAAAAGUGGGGUUCGAUUUUGACCAGAGUAAACUGAUUUUGGAUAAAAUGGCCGAGUUGCAUGCAACUGUGAGUGCGUUGAAGACCGUCAAACCCGAUGUUUUUGACAAGGAAUUGGGGGAGUUUUUUGACGAGUUUGACAUGUAUGAGAGUAAGCCGGAAAGCGUGGAGCAGCUUAUUAAUUCGUUGGUCGACAUAUUGGUAGACGACGAGUUUUGUGUUCAAAAUAUGGCAAAAAUCCGAGAGACGCUUCACUCGAAUUCAAGAUUCGCAGCUUCCAAAAAUCGUAAAGAAUUUCAAAAUACUCCCUACGUGAGUCUGGUUCACACUGACAUGUGGACGAACAACAUAAUGGUGAAAGUCGUGGAUGGCAAAACCGUUGAUGUUAAAUUCGUGGAUUACCAAAUCUACGAGUACUCGUCGCUGACAAGAGACGUCGUUUUCUUUUUGUUUAGUAGUGUCCAGCUGCCCGUUUUGGAAAAACAGUUGGAUGAUCUUUUACUUCACUAUUUUGAGAGUUUCGUGAAGUGGUUGGAAAAAUUAAACAGCGACACGUCGGUUUUUACGUUUGAAGGUUUCCUGAGGGAGAUGGGAUCAGUGGUGAAACAGGUUGAAUUUAUCCAUAUUUUGUUGAUGAUGAAGCCCAUGUUUGCCCUGGAUAAAGACACAAAAGAGGUGGAUAAUCUACAACGGGAUGAUUUCUUGAAUGGCAUGAAAGAAUUAGCGGAAGGGUGCAAGCCGAAGGUCUCUUUCGUCGUCAGAGAAUUAAUGAGAAGAGGCUGGAUCUAGGUCCUUUGAGAAUUAGUUGUACAAAUAAUAAUAAAUCUGUCCAUCUUUGUUAAAUAAAUAAUAUAAUUCUUA